UGGAGAGGACUAGAUAAACCGGUUUUACCGAGUCAAGCACUGGAGGGCCAAACCCCUCAAGCCGUCUUGUUUCACCGAGAACGGACACAGACAAGACGUCUUUACUUUACGAUCUGUUGGGCUUGCCGUUGGCAACUCCACGCAAACCGGGACCAUGUCUAAGUCUAUGUGGCAGAAUACAAGCUUCAACUGUGGCAACUGUAACAACAGUCUGACUGGGCAUCGCUAUGUCAACCGCGAUUCCAACCACUACUGCCUGAAGUGUUACGAGAAGCUGUUCGCCUUCCCCUGCGAGCACUGCCACAAGAAGAUCGGCACUGACGUGAAGGAUCUUUCCUUCAACAACAAGCACUGGCACGAUGUGUGCUUCAACUGCUCCAAGUGCAUGAAGUCCCUGGUGGACCAGCAGUUCACCCAGAAGGGGGACAGGAUCUACUGUGCCCAGUGCCACAAGGAGACCUUCCUGGGCAAGUGUGACCUGUGCAGGCAGCACUUCGACCCCGGUGACAAGAAGAUGGAGUAUAAGGGGCAGAACUGGCACGAGCGCUGUUUCACCUGUAAGCAGUGCAGGAAGCCCGUCGGAACCGGCAGCUUCGUCCCCAAGGACGAAGGCGUCAUCUGCCAGACCUGCUACGAGGAUCGCUUCGCUAAGAAGUGCGACAAGUGCAAGAGGGUGAUUGCGCAUGGCGGCAUCACCUACAAGGAUACCCCGUUCCACAAGGAGUGUUUCCUGUGCACCCACUGCAAGAGGGAGCUGGCCGGAGAUCGCUUCACCUCCAAGGACUACAACCCCUACUGCAUCAACUGCUACGGCGACCUCUUCGCCAAAAAGUGCGCCCACUGCACGAAGCCUAUCACCGGGCAAGGUGGAACCAAGUUCGUGUCGUUCGAGGAGAAGAGCUGGCACAGCGACUGCUUCAACUGCUCGGGCUGCCGCACCUCCCUGGUCGGCAAGGGCUUCACCGCGGAGGGCGGGCGGAUCCUCUGCCCUGACUGCACCAACCGUGAGGCCGCCGACAACUACCGUUAAUACGCCAUUAUUUUCCCCAGUACCCCUUGACAUGCUUCGAAAAAAAAAGCAUUAUCUCCAAGCAGAUGGUUGAAGGCAAAAAUCGUCACGGCUGCCCGUUUCUGUCGCAUUGAGAAAGCAGGUUGUGAUAGACAUGGGCAGCUACUGGGAAAAACGUAACGAUUUUGCCUCUCAACGUCUGCUUGGAUGUCAAGAAAAACGGAGAACUCUGGAUAACACAGAAUGGCAAGCGACAUCAUUACCAUGACACCAUAGACUGGACAGGACGACUGACGCAUGCGCGACAUACGCGUUGCCAUGGUAACGUCUUGUUUGCCUCCUGCGUUACUCAGAAUUCCGUGAUCUACAAAGAGGUCUUUUGGCAACAAAAAAUUCUUUCUUUCAAUCUGUGAAUUUUGUCAUCGACGUUUCGGUGCCUUGCCCUAUCACUGUCUGCAUAAAAUAUCUCUGCCAUUGUAAUGCCCCGAUGAAGGCAGUUGAAAAGUUACGGAAAGUUUAUCGUGAGAAAAUUGACUUGUUUUGUGGAAAAAAACUUAACAUAUAAAUGACUUACUAGUACCAUGCUGCUGAAACUAUUCCCCCAAAAAGCAGUAUCACUAAUCAAAAAAGCAUGUUUAACAGUUUAUUAGUUUAUUUGGCACCAACAGCUUCAAGUGCGCCUUAUCACAAUUUAUAUCAGGUAUUAGAUUGAUCAUUACUGCAUGUAGAUUGAUCAUUACUGGCAUAGUCUAAUUGCAACGGAAUUGUAUUAGCAUUGUAGCCAUAUAUAAUACAUAUAUGCCAUUGCGAUUGCUUACGAUAGGGGUCUUUUCUGUGAAGUCUUCUAUAAUAGAAUUUGAAUCAAACUCAACUGGGAACUAGUAAAGGUUAAAGAGUUUUGAUAAUAGCUCUAGUUGACAAAAGGAAUGUUACUGUAAUUCUGUUAAGAUAUAUCAUAAAGGUCUUUCAUUCAUUAUGCAUAAGCAUCAAAGCAGACGCAAUAGAAUCAGAUUGACAGCUACAUACAUGCACUACGCUUGAAAUGGAAAACAUAACGUAUAGCUAGCAAUGCAGGGAUAGUGGUUGACAAAAUUGAGAAACAUGCAUUGCCUUGCUAGAACGUAUAAAGCAGAAAAGCAAAGAUUUGACGGUAGCGAAGGGAAACAGCUCAUGUAUUUAUCGCAAGGUUAUUAUUGCCGAUGCUUGGUGCGAUUAUAGUAACAUUGAAUCAGCAGUAAUGCCAUGGGAUAAUAUGUAUCGUUUUCUGAAAUACUUCUGAAUAUGACAUUACGAUAGCAAAGUGUACGCAUUGUAGUCAUAUGUUCAAGUUUGCAAUUGGUGCUGUGAUGAUAGAAUGACCGCUUUUUUAAGAUAAUAAAGGGGAGUAAAUGGG